AUGUCCUUGAAGCUCCUGGGUCAGCACGACCUCCUGAGCGAGGCCCCCCGACUUCUCGCCGGGGGGGCCGUCCUGUAUGUCAUCGGGCUGGUGAUUUACAGGCUCUUGUUCCACCCCCUCAGAAAUAUCCCUGGGCCGUGGUACGCUGCGGCCACCUACUGGUACGAGUUCUACCAGGAUGUCAUCCUUGAUGGCCACUACAUCAAGGAUUACCCCAAACUUCACGCUAAGUAUGGGCCUGUAGUUCGAGUCUCGCCCAGUAGGGUGCACGUCAAUGACCCAGAGUACUUCAAGGAAGUUUACGGUCUGGGCACCAAGUACACCAAGGACCCUGACUUCUUUCAGAGCGGAGGCGGUAUCAAAUACUCCAUCAUCAUGCUGAUUGACCCAGAGGCGCACAAGCAGCGGAGGAGUACAGUCAAGUCGCUCUUCUCGCCUAAGCAAAUGGAUCAAUUAGCUCCUGUAGUUCUGGAUGUUGUUAAGAGAGGCAUGGCAAGGGCACAGAGGUCGUUUGAGCGGGGCGAACCCCUAAGCAUGCAACCUCUGUGGCAGUCUGUAACCGUUGACACGAUAAUGCCUGUGCUUUUCGAUAGGCACAUGAACUUGGUUGAUUCUGACGAGGAAAUCCCACCGUUUCUGGACAUUAUGCACAAGUUUGCGGAAAACUUCCUCAUCACUAAGCAUUUUCCCUUUCUCAUACAUCUAGCCAUGAGCAUACCCAUGAGUAUAGCACAGAAAGUUUUGCCAGGAUAUGCUCAGUUCCGACAACAAUGUGCUGAGUGGAUUCAAGAAAUUGAAGACAAACAGAUAAAUGGCAAUGACACCGCCGCCGAUGGUCGCAGCACUUAUUUCGACCUCCUUCUCAGCACGCGGAAUACCAAAAUGUACCACAAGCUGAGUAGGGACGCGCUGGUCGAUGAAGCCUUGGCCUUGUGUUUUGCCGGCACCGAUACAACGAGCUUCGCCCUGACCUUUGGAACAUACUAUCUUUUAAGGAACGAAGACAAGCUUGCAAAGAUGCUGGAAGAACUCAAAAAUGUGCCAACCAAUGCUGAGGGUCUUUAUGAAUACCGCGACGUCUGCAAGUUGCCAUAUUUGGUAAGAGGUUCCAAGUCUGACUAUUGUCCACAGACUGCAGUCAUUAAAGAGAUCCUUCGUCUCUCCUCUCCAGUGCCUGGAAUUAUUCCCAGGAGGGUUCCUGCUGGUGGCGCUACUGUUGCUGGUCAUUAUCUUCCUGAAGGGACUACAGUUUCACAGGCGCUCCGCAGCAUUCAUGAUAACGCGUCUCUGUUCCCAGAGCCUGAGAAGUUCAUUCCUGAGCGAUGGCUGGGCGAGGAUGGAUGGGCGCUGGAGAAGUAUUUCGUGCCUUUCAGCAAAGGGCCGCGUUCUUGCCUGGGUAUGAACGUCGCUUAUGUCGAAAUGUAUCUCAGCAUCGCAAACUUUUUCAGCCGUUUUAACAUGUCUUUGUACAAAACGGAUGAAACUACCGCUAUAUGGAUAGACAGUGCCGCCGCCAGAAUCUGGAAACCUAUCAGGGUCAAGAUCAAUUCAGUGAAUGGGGAAACAUCAUAA